UGUUGAGUAUCUGGAGCAGAGAUUACCUGCAGACGGGGACAGUGGCAUCUCUGUCGUGUUCGACAGUCUAGUGCAGAGGUUUUUGAACGUCGAGCAAUAUGCUAAUGACAUCAGAUAUGUGAACUACUGCAUUAAAUGUGCGAGUUACUACUCCGACCCCAUAGCGCUGUACAGUCACGUCUUCAGCAAGGGCAUCGGCACCAGGUCUGCGGCGCUCUACAUGGCCUGGGCACAGCAAUUUGAGCAGAGGGGUUUGAAUGAACAGGCGGACGCAGUGUACCAGAAAGCAGUGGAGAACCAGGCCCAGCCAGUCGACACUGUUCUCCAUGAAUACAGGCAGUUUCAAACCAGAAGCCAAACACUGGGAUCAGGAGGUGUCAAUCCUUUGCAGACCUCCCAUUUAACCAACCAGAUGACAUCACACAGAGAACCUGUCAUCCAGAGCAAGGCCUCUGUGGAUUGGUCGGCCAAACCACCUGCAGUCAAAACCAUUGUGACAGUCUCCCGCUCCGAGAAUUCAGGCGUGACUCGCUCGGGUCAGGGCUCCGGCGUUCAGACCGUGUCGGAGUACAUGACGGAUGAACUCACCUGCGAAGGCUCUGAAUUAUCAUUUGAGGAAGUUCGAGCAGAGAAAUACUUCCGCAAGAUGCGGGAGAGGCAGGAAAAGGAGCGGAGAGAAAACAUGGAGAAGAUGCUGCGAGAGGAAGAGGAGGGAAUCCGCAGCAUCAAGUCCAUGUUGGAGCAGGUGGUGCAGAAUCUGGAAACGUGUGGUGGUUUAAGCAGCCAGCCUCCGUCACAGCUGUCUGUUGUUGAAGCUGCCGCCUGUCCGAGCCCUCAUCCUACCCAGAAUCCCUUUGGACCACCUCUGCCCUCAAACCAUCUGAGCAGCAGACGCUCUCUUGGUUUGACAUUACACGCUGAGCCACCAUUCGUCCAAGAAGCCUCUGCAGCCGCCAUGCCUGCCCCUCCUCCACAGUGGAACCACACCCAACCUGCUGACACAAACACUCUACGCUCCAACGUAUCCCAUCAUCCCUCUGUCCUUGCUGACAGGAGCAUCCACUUACCAAAAUCAGCCACAACGUCAGCGCCCGCACACCAAGCGUCUCUGGCUCUGCAGCCUGUCAGCUUUGAGCAGAUAAACCUGUCGCUCCACAGACCCGCCCCUUUCUCUGCUGUGGACGCCAACGUCCUCAGCCAUGGGGCUUCUGUUCAGCCGGACCGCUGGGAGAGCGGUCGACCACAGGGGCACAACGCCACACACCUGGACGUCAGUCAGCUGCAGGAACCAGAGGAGAAACUGAACGUGUCCCAGGGGGGCACAGCUAACCUGUCUCACGUCACUCCUAACACUUCACUGGGCUUUGUUCAGGCCACACCGUCCAGGGUGCUGCCGUCACCCACUGUCAACACACGGGAAGCGCUGGAUGUUAUCAUGGACAUGUUCCAGGCUCCGACUCUCUUAGAAGAUCAGUUCAACGGCACAUCAGCGCUCCACCCUGCUGAGAGGGAGUUCGAUGGUGGAUACUCAAGAAAUGGAGGCGACUCCUCGGUGAGGAAUCCUCCCUCCGCUGCUCUGUUCACCAUCUUCCAGGACGACAAAGAAAACAGCAGUGCUGCUGCUCCAGCUGAGGUCGAGAAGCCGAAACCAAUCAGAGCUCUUGCUGAAAUCGCAGUGUCUAAGACAGAAAAACCUAACGAGACUCCUCAGGACCUGAUGCCGGACGAGAGCACCAUGUGGGGAGCUCGCUACAACUCCCUCAACUCUCUGGCUGCUUGUCCCAACAGCACCACAGACUUUGACAUGCAGGCCCAGUGUGUCUCCACCCCCUUCACGCACAAGACGAUGUUCAGCAGCAACUUUUUCCAGGACCAAGGGAACAGCUGUGAUGGCAGCGAAGUUAGCGAUGAUCCCUUUAUCAGACGCCAGCCCAAAAAACUAAGUCCCAUCAUAGAGCAGAGUCCGUCUGAUGACAAGCUCUCUGGAUCCAACAUCAGUCGCCUCGUUCCUUCCUCAGUCAGACAAGGCACCAUCGUCGGCGAAGGGCUCGCCAUCAGCCAUCACUGCCUGACCACCUCCUCCAUCACCAUGGUGCAGCCCCCUCCUCCCACCGCGCUCUCCUUCAGGGACCAGACGCUGUGUCCUGCAGACUCCUCCCUCCCCAGGACCUCAGGGCCUGGCUGGGAGGUGUACACCAGCCCAGAGCAGCCUCCCAAACCAGUCUCCCAGGAGCCCGAGAGCUCAGUCAGACCCAAAAGUGAAGCGUUCAAAAUCUUUAAAGAAGAUGUAGACAAACCCUCCAGUCCAGAGCGAGUACAGAACCCAGCCUACGAUGUUCCCAUGAGCCCAGAGUUGCCUCUCAACCUGGACUGGACGGCCAUCAGAAGCCCAGAGGUCACAGUCGAGCCAGAUCUGGACGCCUUCCUGAGUCCCGUUCGGCCCAAGGCAGCGGUCACUGUUCCCAACAAGACCCUGGACGUCCCCAUGAGUCCAGAGCAGCCACAGCUCUUCGCCGACGUCCCCAUGAGCCCAGAGCAGCAGCAGCAGCCACCCCCGCGGUUCAACACUGUAGAUGAACCCAUGAGUCCCGGCAGAGCGCUGACAGCCAUCACUGACGUCUCCAUGAACACAGCCGGCGCAGCGGUCAUCCCGCUGGUGUCGGAUCCGUGGGAUAACGAACUGAUCUCUGGUCUGCUGUCUGCACUAACCCCGCCCCUCACCUCUCACCCCCGCUGCAUCACCUGGCAGUGCAACAUCCCCAACAUCUCCCCAAAGAUGACCAUCAGCAUGGGAAAGGCCUCCCUGCGAGUCGACUGCGUCCUCGGUGAAGGAGCUUUUGCAACCGUCUACCAGGCGACUGACCCCGUGACCUCUGAGAGGAUGAUUCUAAAGGUUCAGAAACCAGCCAAUCCCUGGGAGUUUUACAUCAACACUCAGCUGGACGCUAGGCUGCAGCCGGCCGCCCGACACCUCUACAGCAGCAUCUGCUCGGCUCACCUCUUCCACAACGGGAGCGUGCUGCUCGGGGAGCUCCACAACUACGGCACCCUGCUGAACACGGUGAACAUGUACAAGGCCCUGAGCGAUAAGGUGAUGCCUCAGCCUCUGGUCAUGUACUUCACCAUCUGUAUCCUGCACAUGGUGGAGCAGCUGCACAGCGUCCACAUCGUCCACGCCGACAUCAAACCUGACAACUUUCUGUUGGGGGAGAGGUUCUUGGAGAACAAGUGUUUUGAUUCAGAGAGCGUGGACCACGGCCUCGUUCUCAUUGACCUGGGACAAAGCAUUGACAUGGAGCUUUUCCCAGAAGACACCGCUUUCACCGCCAAGUGUUUGACGUCGGGUUUCCAGUGCACAGAGAUGCUCAGCGGGAAACCGUGGAACUAUCAGACGGAUUACUUCGGAAUAGCAGGGACGGUUUACUGUUUGCUGUUCGGGACGUACAUGCAGGUGACAAACGAGGACGGCGUCUGGAAGACGAACGCUGUGUUUAGAAGGUGA